CUCAGCCCCAGCCCUAACCCUGGUCCCAGCCCCAGACAGGAAGAGGAACUCAUGGAUCUUCUGGAGGAGAUGAUGGAUAAGGAUUACUGGGAUCAGUCAGGCCCUGCCUCUGGACACUCCUCCCACACACACUCUCACCACAGCCAGCUGACCAGCUCCCACAGAGAGACAAGGCUAACCAUGCAGGAGUGUAAAGUAUCAUCCAGCUCCUCAUCAGUCCAGAAGAAUUUCUCUCGUCCGGCCUGUCCAGCCAACCGCCGCCCCCCGUCACGCUGGGCUAGUUGUUCCCCCUCCACCUCUUCCUCCUCCUCCUCCUCCUCCUCCACCCCUAUAAACCAGCCCUCUUCCGGCUCCGCCCACAAACACACCUCAUUCUCCUACUCAGCCUAUCACACGGAGACAGUCAUCAUCUGACCCCUUAGCUGACCCUGUGUUUCAACCAAUAAGAUGCCUUUCGUUACUAUACGUACUCUGACAUUUCUUUUCUCAAUUCAUCCUUCCUUGAUUCCUUCACAUCGAAGGACCGAGUCGGGGGGUGGGGACGGGGACGGGGGGGACGACCUUCUCCUCCAAUAUGGUUGUGAAGAACGUGAUGAUGAACUGAGAUAGAACCCGACUCAAACCUGCCUUUUCCUCCAUCUCCUCGAUACGUACCAAGACUGUUAUUUCUACAACCAACUGGACGAUCCAAGAGCUCCAACGUGGACCAACGUGGAGUUAGUUCACCGAUCAUCUUCAGAAUGUAAUCUCAUCGACUAGUGGACGAGGCGUUUCAUGUAUUCUACUAUAGCAACUCCAGGAUCCCCAAUGCUGACUGUACCUCUGUGGCUUAUUCUGCAUCCCAAAUAGCACCCUAUUCCCUAUAUAGUGCAACACUACUUUAGACCAGAGCCCAGUGCUUUUUGGUCCUAAAGUAGUGCAUUAAAUAGGGAAUAGGGUGCCAUUUGGGAGGCUAAUAUAUUCAACGGCAUUCAUUUCACGUACUCUUUUUAACUUGACAUGUUGCAUAAUAAUUACAGUGUUACAGAAUAAAUGUUUGUUAUUCUUUACCUUUCUGAUAUCAGAUGGAUUACAUAAAACGGGCCUGUUUCUUCAUAUUUACCAAAGGUGUCGUCUACAACUUCUCUUCUCGCUAAAAAAAAAAAAAAAAAAAAAAAAAGGACUGAUGAGUUUCUAUGCUUUUAUUUGAUUGGACAUCGCCGGCUGUUGUCGGGUAGGAUAGCUGACUAGCUCCUUGUGUGUUAGCGCUUCCUGUUUGUUGGGGGCAUGCUUAAAGGGGCAAUCUGUAGUUCAUACAAAAAAACACUUUACUAAUAGCAGAAUGCCCCUUUUUUAAAUAUAUUUUUUAAUUUUAUUUUUAACAUGAUGAAAUGGACAACAAACCCUUUCUACUGAUGGUCUCUGUAACCGAUGGUUACCUACCCGGCCCUAUUGACUAAUACUACAGUCUGUUGAACCGAUGUGGUGGUGACCUCGUGACCUCGUGGUCUCUGUAACCGAUGGUUACCUACCCGGCCCACAGUCUGUUGAACCGAUGUGGUGGUGACCUUGUGACACGUGUCGAUAUCAUGAACGUGAUGCCUUUGCUGUUUUUAAUUUGUGUAAUAAAUGUAGCUACAUAUU